CGGAGGAUUUUACCAACUCUAUUCCAAUAAUGAAAGUGAUUACUCAUGAAAGUUAUGACCGGGAAAAUUAUGAUAGGAAUGACAUUGCUCUUCUUAAAUUAAAAUUUGAGAUACCUUUAAGUGAAUCGGUUCAACCCAUAAAACUUCCAACUGAAGAACAAACUUUCGAAGCAUGGUCGAUUGGUACAUUAACUGGUUGGGGAGCAUCAUACACUGGAGGAAACCCUUUAGAAAAUCUUCAUAAAGUAAAUCUUUUUAUCUAUCCUCAAACAGAGUGUACAAAAAUAUUCAAUAACGACAGAUUUAAUGUCAUUGCAGAGUUAUGUGCAGGUGUUCUUCCAGGUGGAAAAGGGCAGUGUCAUGGUGAUUCUGGUGGACCGCUAACGUUACAUGGGACUCAAGUUGGAAUUGUUUCUUGGUCUUACAAACCUUGUACAAUUGGCGGUUAUCCUGGUGUUUAUACUAGAGUUUCUCACUACAUAACAUGGAUCAAAGAGAAUAUUAACUUGAUAUCGAAAAUGGCUCUAGACAAACUGAAGGCUCAAAUCGGCUACUUAACGAUCGACACUAUUGCUAGCCAUAUGAUAGCGAGCGAAACAGCAUGGCUAAAAAUAAUUACUUUUAUGACAAGUACAUACUACGAUAGAAGAAAAGGGCACCAUCCCCCCAACACCGCCUGGAAAGGAAGAACUGUUGAACUAACUCGUGUUGAAACACGGCAAAGAAAGAGGUUAUUCCGAAGAAAUGCCUUGAAGGGCGGUCCCAAAGUAUCAGAUCAAUUUCAAGUCAGCAUUAAGUUAGAAAGCGUUGCUACAAUAAAAAUGAUUGCUUUAAUCGUUGGAUUUCUUUUCAUUGGGUUAACAUCUGCUACCCCAAUUUCACGAAUUGUUAAUGGAACAGAUGCCGAUGUUGGCGAAUUUCCCUACAUAGUAUCUUUAAGAAGUCGCUCAAAUAAUCAUAAUUGCGGAGCUAGCAUAUUAUCCAAAAAUUUUGUUUUAACAGCAGCUCAUUGUGUUCAAGGACACACACCAUCUACUUUGAGUAUUCAAUAUGGUGUGGUUGAAAUUUCCGCCGAUACAACCAACUCUAUCCAAGUAGAAUCUUUAGUUUAUCACGACGAUUACGCCCCAGCAGAUGGUUACAGAAAUGAUAUCGCCGUAUUAAAACUUUCAUCCGAUUUACCACUUAGUGAUACAGUAAAACAAAUCACUUUGCCAAAAUUAGAACAAAAUUUUGAAGGUUGGUCUUCAGCUAUUUUGGUAGGAUGGGGAUUACCACAAACUGGAGGAAGUGUGAUGACUCAUCUUCAAAAAGUUGAAAUUCUCCUUUUCCCUCAAGAACAAUGUAAAGCUGCCCAUGGAACUAAAGUCGAUGACAUUAAUCAUGUUUGUGCUGGAGUUCCUGAAGGAGGAAAAGGGCAAUGCAAUGGUGAUUCAGGUGGACCAUUAACUGUUGAUGGUGUUCAAGUUGGAAUAGUUUCAUGGUCAGUGAAACCUUGUACCAUUGCUGGAUAUCCGGGAGUUUUUACUAGAGUUGCUCAUCAUAUUGAUUGGAUCAAAGAUAAUAUGUUCAAUCAGUUUGAGGUAACGAUGCAUUACAAAAUGUUCCCUCUAUUUGUUAUUUUAACAAUCCUGGAAAUUUCCAAAGCAUCGACUAUAAGGGUCGUAAAUGGAACUGAUGCGGAAGAAGGAGAAUUUCCGUACAUUAUUUCAUUUCGUUAUAAUAACAAACACAGUUGCGGUGGAUCGAUUUUAAAUGAAAAUUUUAUUUUAACAGCAGCACAUUGUGUUCAUGGACGAAUUGUUGAAAAUAUGUCGAUUCAAUAUGGUAUUUUAGAGAUUUCUAACGAUGAUUUUAACGCUAUCGAUGUAGAUUAUGUUAUAAUCCAUGAAGCUUAUAAUGGUAAAGUUGAUAUGAAUAAUGACAUCGCUAUUCUUAAGUUAAAAUCACCAAUUCCUUUGGAUGAAAAUGUGUAUCCAAUCACUUUACCACCUCCUGGAAUUGAAUUUGAACACGGUACAGUUGCAGUUCUUGCUGGAUGGGGAUAUUCUUAUACUAAUGGAAGUGUGAUGCAACAUCUUCAAAGAGUAGAUCUUAUAAUAUACUCGUUUGAAAAUUGUCAAAGUGCUCACGGUGAUGAAGUUAAUGAAGUAUCUAAUCUUUGUGGAGGUGUUGAAGAAGGUUGGAAAGGACAAUGCAGUGGUGAUUCAGGUGGACCUUUAGCUGUUGAUAAUGUUCUGGUUGGUAUUGUAUCUUGGUCAGUUAAACCAUGUACGUUAGUAGGAUAUCCUGGGGUUUAUACCAGAGUAGCUUCUUUUAUCGAUUGGAUUAAUAAUAACGCAUUUUAAUAAUUAUAAAAUUUAUUCCAAAUUUAUAUCAUCUAUGAUUAAAUCUGAAAUAAAUCUAAACUGGCGUGAAUGGACCCAAAAGAUACCUUAAGUUAACCAAACUUUUUUAAUAAUUUAUGAAGGUAACUAAUGGUCUAUCAAAACCAAGAUUUUUGAUUCCUCUAGAUGAGUUUUUUACCUUAAAUGUUAAUACAAAACUACUUGCUAAAAAUAGCUUCAAAAGUGAUUAUAUUAAAGCUAUAAAUAUAAAUCAUUUCAAA